UCAUUUAUCGCGAGCAACUAACAUCCAAGAGAGAGAUCCACGACUUCCGAGAGACAGGCCCAGUCCUCCGAUUGGCGACCCAGUACAUGCGUUGCGUAAAGGGUACCUCAGUGAAGGCGAGGCGGACAGAAGAGAGUACGUGCUCACUGGCAGUCGUAAGAUGGCCGAUGCAAACAGGAAAGUAGAAGGAAUCGGUCCCACAACUAAAGAAGGAAUGCCAGUUGCGCUCAGAUCCGAGGUCAAAGAUCCCUCGAGAUGGUACAAGAAAAUGUACGACACGAUCCACAAAAACAAAUACGACGACGAUUAUGUGACUAUUCGAUACAAAAAUCGUCAAGAUCAACCGCUACGUGUUUCGAGCAGCAGAUCCCAGUACGCGUACUUCGACCCGCGUUCAGGCUACCUCAGUGAGCCGGAGGGCGGGCUGAGCCGGCUAAGCGCGAGCGACGCGUACCACAGUGACGUCACCACCGGACACCGGCGACGCACCGCCUCCGUGCAGGAAGACAGGAGGGACGACUUCGCAUAUCUACCUAACAAUAAGUAUAGUACAUUAGCGUCAGCAAGAGCUAGUCAAGAAGUUUACAAGAGUCAACCGGGAAGAAUAGAGAACUACGUGCCAGGAAAAUCAUCAGUCGUCGACAAGGAAGCGAAGCAGUGGUGGGACGAGGUCAUGGACAUUUUUGAUGGGUGGCUAGACGACAAUUCUCCCCUGCCUCCUUACACCACGUUGCUGGCACGGGCCAUCCAGAAAAGUCAAAACAUUUCGAGUACCACCUCUCUGCCGCAAACAUCGCCGAAGGAAAAGAAAGACGUUACAGCAACUAUAUUGUCCAAAUCUAACAUGGCUAGGGCUUUGAAGGAAUCCGGCUAUGAGUCUGAUUCCACACUAAUUUUCCGUCGCCGUGAGGAGAGCGAUGCCCCGCUGUCACCUGCGGAAAGGCGAGCCGCCUACAAAGAUCUGCAGGCUGGCGGCGAACCCCCUCUCAGAGGGUUCCGCUCCCCUGCCCCGCCAAGGCAAGAUGAAUCGGAAAUUGAAUAUAUACCGAUCUCCUCCACUCUUACGAAGAUUCGAGUUCACAAAAAAACUCCACAACUACAUGAAAUCGUCUGCUAUCCAUUAACAAACAUACAAUCUAGUGAAUUAAACGAUACUUCAAACAAGAUUUUAAAAUUAAGCAGACCAGACUUAACGAGAGAUUUCCCUCCAGCGCCGCCGAGAAGGAUAUCAUCAAAAAAUAGCAAGACUCUAAAAUUUGUGACUUCGUCAAGACAUUCUUCGAUAUCACCUAUAAGAUCAACAGUAGAAGAUUCAAAUGUCAAUUUCCUUAAAAACAGACUAAAUAACAAGUUAAAUAGACAAAAUACACAUGUCAUUAUUAAAAAAGAUAACAAAACGAGUGCAAGUAAAUGUCGUGAAUUAUCUACUUCUGCGCCUCCAUCGGUUAAUAGAAAAGAUAUGAGUUCAUCUACGUCUAUAUCUAAAAGGAAUGUUGUUGAGAGGGGAACUAGUAGCUUUAGUUCACCUAGGAGAACUUUGCAGCCAACAGAAUACUCUACUCGAAAUAAAACUGGCGAAUUAGAUAAUUCUGUAAUAAUAGAAAAUGGGGCUGGAAGAAAAACUCCUAUUUCUAAUAUAUUAGACAAAGUGACAACUUUAGAUAAGCUAUGGAGCUCACAAAAAAGAAAUGAACGCAUAGAUGUUACAAAAUACAAAGAACGACCAAUAAAUAAAAUUCCUACAGCAACUGUUAGUAAGCCGGGCUCAAGUAAAGCUUCGACGUGCUUUGACACUAAAACAUUGCCUAGAAAUGUCACUCACAAAAGUAGGGAUAUGGUCCGUACUUCAGAAAAAAUACAAAAACUAAAGAGUUCUACUGUGUUACCGAAACCAAAUUUUCCGCUUACUCAUAAAAGUACAUCGACUAAAUCUUCCAGAUUGGGUUCAUUACAAGCAACAGCUAACAUUUCAAAGUCUACUUCUAAUAUUCCAUCGAACACGAAAAAACUAAACAAUAUACGAACAGCUGUUGUGACAAAUCUUAAAAAGAAAAAAUCCUUAGAAAGUAUUGUUAUAAGACCCAGAAGUGUACCUUGCCAUGAGACGUGUAACAAAAAAACAAAAUAUCCCACUUUGAAAAAAGAAAGUAUUGCAAAAUCAAAAAAGAACGACAUAUCGUUAGUAGAAUUAGUAGCAGAAGAUCAGUCUGAAAAUAGUAGAGCAGAACUUUUUGAUUUUAGUAAUUCCAAGGACAUAACUCGAAAACAAAUAAAUCCUAAAGAUUUCAAAGAAACACGCGACUCUGUUCUUUCAGAUUCUUUCUUCCGACAUCUUUUUCUAGGUUCUGCGCCUAUACCUGUUAAUGCUAUAGCAGAACAAAGUCUAAUGAAUUCAGUUCAACAAAAAGCAAAACAUUUUCAAUCUCUUCCGCAAACAACUACUCAUAAUACAGUCAAUAAAUUUAAUUCAUACUUAAUACAUAGGAAACCUGUUUCCCUUUCUCGUUUCAAGGUAUGGGACAAAAACUCUAGUCCCACUCGUACUUAUAAUACGCGAUCUGUAUCAUGGCCAGGCAAAAUGGAUGGAGAAAUACGAAAAUUCCAAAGCCUAUCAAAGUCUGACGGAUUUGGAUCAUUGUCUUCUUUAUCGACAAUUCGUAGCAAAAGCGAGCCUCCGACUAAUAAAAUCUAUUUUUCUCAAACAUCGAGGCCCGUAUCUCCUAGUAUUGUUUUCUACAAAAAGAAAGAAACAGAAAGAAAAUCUGUAUCACCUUCUAAAAUAAUUUAUGUACAACCUAGAUCAAGCUCUCCGUACACCAUACAUAGGACCCCGCAUGUAACAUUUUCGUCUGAGGAAAUAUCAAAUGUAAAAGACGUUAUUACAAAAACAUUACAAAAAACAAAAAUAACUCAACCUGAAAAUGAUUACACCCCCAAUACAAUUUUCUUUUCACAAACAUCAAGGCCUGUAUCGCCUAAAGUUAUAAAAAGCACAUCUUCCAAGAGUAGAAGCCAAUCUAUUUCACCCGUUCCAUUUAGAUCCCCAUCAUAUCGCCGAAUACAUAAUGCACGAAUACAAAACCGGCAAGUUGGUGAAUCGUGCAGAAAAGAAAAUAGAACCAAAAGUGCUGAUGGUUUAGAAAUUAAUAGAUAUUGUAAAAAUGAUCCAAUAAGAGCUAAAAGUGAUACAAAUCUGUACUCCAACGAUCCUGAUUACGAUGAAUAUAUCCAAGACAUACAAAACUCUAAACCUAGAACAGAAAGAUUUCGUGAACUUAACAGGUAUUACGCUUAUUUAGAACGAGUUGCCGAGCUUGAAAAAGCAACGUCGACUUGUGAUUUACGACAUAGAAAGAAAGAUGAAGAAAUUAUAGAUUUCGACCGCUGGAAAAAAAUAAGAGCAAUAGAAAGAGCAGAAGAGGAAUUAAACAAUCUUUAUAAUAAAUUAAAAGUAGCCCAAAGUGAAAACAGUAUUCUGUUUUAUCCUAAGGAUCUAAAUGAUUUCCGAUGGAACUCUGGCAAAGAAAGGGGGCUUAGAGUUAAAGAAAAAUCAGUAGAAGAUCUAAAAGAAGAGUUUCAACAGAAACCCGAUCCAGAACCAUCAGAAUCAAUGCAGUUUCAAGAUCGGUACAAGCCAUUGUGGAGAGGAAAAAGUGUUGCUGAAACAGCAUUUAAUAUCAAUAAAAAAGGUGAAACUGAACACAAAAAAUCUUGUAUAACAAAUAAGCCUACAAAAACCGUCAAAACUAUUAGUCAGGAUAGUUCAUUUAGUGAACUUCAAAAAAAACUGGGCUUUAAAAAUCAUUUAUGGAGUAGUUUGUCAAUGGAUCAAGUAAAUGCUUUAAAAAAUCAAUUAAAUGCCAUUUAUAGCAAAGAAUUAGAAACAAAAUCAAUCAAAGAAAAUGACAAGUACACAGUUGAAAUUAAAGAUACAAAUGAAAUUAAUAAACCAGCCCUACAUGUCAGAUGCAAUUCUUUAAUUACAUCACCGAAUAUCGCAGCACAAGGGCAUGAAUUAAGUAAAUCAGAUUCUAUUGCGGCAAUAAGUUAUUCUGGAUCCUCUGAAAAAGAGAUAAAAAAUAAUGUUAACAAAUUACAAAUGAGUCUAAGUGAAAUUGAAAAAAAGAAAAUAUCACAGUCUUUAAGUAAAGAAGUUUUAAAUAGAAUAAAUAAAAAUGAAAAGUCAGAAGAUGUUAAACCUUUGGAGAAAAAACAGGAUAGUAAUAGGGAAAGUGACAAUACUUAUACGAAUAAUAAUGAUGAGCUGAAAUCACGAUCCAAUUUAGAAACUCAUUUGUCCAGCCUUACAACUAGAGAUAUAGAAGAUAAAAGAAAAAGACACGUAGUAUAUCCAAUCGAUAAUACAGAAACUAUUUAUAAUUCUUCCACAAGUGAGACAGAAACUGGUAGUUCAGACAUCUCGAAUAAAACUGUAAUUUACAAGGGUCCCAGUAAGGAAGUUUUAAAGAAAGUUGAAUAUUUUGAAUCUGUUACCAGUGUAACUAAACCCAAUAUUCCUUACAGCUCCAGAGAAAAUUCUGAGGAAUUUACGACUUCAAUAAAAGUUAAUUCCUUUUGUCAUGAUAAUAAAGCAGAUCAAAAAAAUCUCUCUCAAUCACAAUCUUGCACAAAUAUUAAGGAACUCUUUGGUGAAAGCGAAAAAAACAAAUUUUUGUCAUUACCUUCCCAGCCCGACCUACAUUUGAGAUCGCCCUCGCCUUAUUCGGAAGUAUGCAUUAGCGAUCGACAUACACCUGACACGCUACGGUAUUCCAGCGACGAGGCCAUGUGGCGCAGUCGGACUCCAUCGCCCGAUCCGGAGCGGUAUUGGCGGGCUUACAUAAAGCUGGCGCGCGCGGGGGAGGUGCGCCGCCUCGCCCGACGAUUCGAUUCGCCCUCGGCAGCCGGUGCCGUACUUCGCCGUCAUCGAAGCGAUCCCGAAAUCGCGCGAAAUGUUUUCAACAUUAACUGGUCUGUGGAAGAAAAAAAAUCGUCUCAACGAGAAAGAUGUAAAGCCAUACUGCCAGUGGCGAGAGUUCCACUGCGCCCUACGAACCGAUUUAUGCCCCAUAUCGAUGUCAUUUCAAAGUUAGCAGCGUUGCGUAAACGUACUUCGCCUAGAUCCAGAUCGGCCGAAGAGGCCUUAGAAUGCCGUCCAGGAGAGGUGGAACGAAUAAGAAGGCGUUUCGAGGCGAUGUCACUUCUGGGUCCUAUAUAUUCUUCGGCACCCGAUGUCAGCGAGCUACACGAUAUAGCACCUUAUUUAGCGGGCUCAUGGAUCGCGCAUCGGUACCCGAAACCCAGUGAUAACAACAAGUCAAUUCAAAAUCCUAAAACACCCAUAAAAUGUUGCAAAUCCCCUGCAAAAAAUGAAACGAAACUCGCGGUUUCUAAAGAUCCAGUGAAACUUAGCUCUAUAUUAAAAUGCGAUCAAUUAGCCAAGCAAGAAUUUGAUCCCGCGGUACAUAGACCGGCCAGUCGCUAUGAGCCCCCACGAGCGCCGCCGCGGCCGCCGCCCGCCGCCUGGCCCCAGCGCCUCGCGCCCUUUGUCACCGCUUCGCGACACGCCGUUACAUUUCAAGAGAACGAUUCAGCCCCGGAGCCGCCUCGAAGGGUACCGCAUGGGAGCUAUUCAGAUACAGAGUCCCCGUCGCGGCGGUACGUGGAGGGCGACGUGAACAUCCACUACCGAUGCCCGGUGCGCCGCGAGCCGCUGCCGCUGGUGCCGGAGCGCGAACUCGCGCGACACCAGGCAGAGCACAUGAAGCGACUCUACCGCGACCAGAAGCGACACAAAUACCUACAGGAGCUUCAAGACAUGCAGAACAGGCGGCAUCAGGAUAACUUUAUGCCGUCACAGAAGACCGUCGUACCUCUGAACAGAUAUGAUGAGGCGGAGAAGUUGGUUGCAAGAGCGUUGUACGCAUUCAGUGGACAGACGCCGAGAGAACUGUCCUUCAAGAAGGGAGACCUGAUCAAUGUGAGACGACAAAUCGAUUCAAAUUGGUACGAAGGAGAAGUACACGGCAGAAUUGGACUGUUCCCAUAUAAUUAUGUAGAGAUUUUAAAAGGAGACACAUACACACAUUCACCAAAGAAGCCAGUUUCAUUAGAAGGACAAGCUCGGGCGAAGUUCGACUUCACAGCGCAGACGAAUCUCGAACUGCCGCUGAAGAAAGGAGAGGUGGUGGUGCUGACGCGGCGCAUCGACCACAACUGGUGGGAGGGCAGGAACGGCACCAAGACCGGCAUCUUCCCCGACAGCUACGUCACCGUGCUGCAGGAGCCCAGUCACGCUGAGCCUCGUGAGUUUUUCAAAUUAGUUAAUCCGAUAACACUUUAAUAUUUAAAAUCAGGGAUACACAUGAUA